GAAUUUCCAUGCCUUGAUGCAGAAUACAGGGCCAACAAAGAUUUAUCAGACAACAGCCAAAAGCAUUGGCAAUGCCAAGAACAUCUUUAUUCGGUUCCAUUAUAGUUCAAUUCUUGGAUUUUUUCAGGAUGAUUUUGACUUCAUCACAGAAGAAAUGGACAUGUAGGGCCUCAUGGUCUCCAUAGAACCUUAUACUUUAGAAAUCAACAUUAAUUUUUCUGUUUUUCCUUGUAGGUUCCCACAUUUUGCAUGAUUUUCAUGGAAAUAUAGGAAACAAAUACUUGAGAAAUUUUGUUCUAUAGAUUCCCAAAUGUACAACAAAUCUCAAUGACUAGGGAGAGGGAUAGUAUUUAUAUAAUUCCAUAUUUGAUUUACCAUUGGUGAAUCAGUUGAUAUAAAAUAAUGGGCUAUUCAUUUGUGUUUUUCCCAUUUAUUAAUCUGGCAAGAAAACUUUCCUGGCCAUGUUACAAAGAAAAAAUAUUACUCUACAGUUGAUACUAAGGUGCAAGAGACACUAUAAGAUAUGUUUUCUAGAUUAUUUUUAUAGGCCACAGAUAAAUUUAGGAUAUGACGAAUUUAGGCUCAUUGUUGAAAAGUUGCACAUAUAUUUAUUGGAUUUACUUAUCAUAAUUAAACACUUUGCAUUUAUUUACUAACAGAGUUAAGCUGAAAAGGAUGACCAAUUUGGCACCAUUAACCAAAUGCACAAUGCAUCCGAAUGGGGUUUUGCUUUACUGGGGUUAGAAAGACUGCGGGAAUAAAUGUCGUUUUUCAAGAGUUUUCAACAAAGCCUGCCAUCAGUAUCCUCUUUAGUUGAGCAACUUAGUAGUGUUGUAGAGGACCUGAGUGAUGCAGUUGGGCAAGCUGGGUACAGUGUAGCUGACUCAGUCACGGAGCAGGUUACACACAUACUAAAUAGCUUGCGAACAGAAGAAGAAUCUUCUGAAGUGUGUGAUGAUACAGCAUCUUCAAGGAGUGGCUCAGAAGUCAAAGAUAAGAAGCUAUCUGCUGAAGAAAAUGUAGACACAUGGAAAGAUACAACAAAGUGUGAACUAAGUGUUAAUUCAGGAGAGUUGCAAGACAGUGCAAAGCUUGUGGUAUCAGAAAUUAAAAAUGAAAAAAGACAAAGUCAGUUACUACACCAGUCUUCAGUUAAUAGUUUAAAAGGUGCUGAAUUUGCAAAUAAAACAGAUUCCAAUGCAUUCGUUUGUGUACCAGUGGAAAGCAUUGCCUCUCCAAAAAACACAGAUACUUCAGAUUCUGCUUUGGGACAGAAGAUUAUACACCAACACAAAAAAUCAAAAACUGACCUUGUGGAAUCAGAAAACUUAAACAGUGCAGUUAAAAAGAGUCUCAAUCAAAGGGAAAAUAAUUAUGGAAGCAGAAAAGGAUCAAUUGUCAAGAAAGAUACUUACAACAUUCCUGACUGUGAUAGUGUUGCACAGACAACUGAAUCUCAAACAGUUGAGGGAAAGACUAAAACAUUAAGUUGCAUGUCAACAAGAGCAGAUUUGAAGGUCAGCAAUGAUUUUGAAGAUCAACCUUUAAGUGACAAAAAAAAUAGUUCUGCCAAGUCCAGCAAAUCUAAAGUUAAAGCCUCUGAUUGUAAAGUGCACAUCAAUGAACCUAUGGAUAAACAGAAAGAUCAGGUACGUGGAAAGGGCAAAAGGAAGUCAUCACUAACUAAUAUUGGUGUUUGCAAACAAUCUGAUGGAAGUACUGCAGGGCUGAAUGUGGAAGAACAAACAAAAGACAAUGAAAAGGAAAAACCAAGCAGCCAGCUUUCAGAAGCUCCAAGGAGAUUGGUCAUUGAUAGAAUGGAUCUGUCAGAAAAAGACAAUAGAAAGCACAAAGAGAGUCUUUCAAAUGGAAAUAAAAAUUGCACAGUUCUAAAAAAAGAUUUGCAAGCACAAAAGGAGCUUAAUAGAAAAGGAGUCCAUACUAUAAUAUCAGAAAAAUAUAAAAAGAUCAAGAAACAAAAGAAAGACGAGAAAACAUCUGACAAAGAUAACAACUAUGGUGAUGGAGAACACCAUGGUACCUCAUCAGACAGUGAAGAUGAGGUGCUUGGCAAAUACCACGAGGCUUUGUCCAAAAUACAGAUCGUCUCUGGUGCAGCAUCAGACAGCAGACACAAUCAGAAGGGUUAUGUGUGGGAAUCCAGACUCAAGUAUAGUCCCCUCUCAGCUGAAUAUGAUGGCUACAGCAGUGAGGCAUCUGCAGAUGAAGAGCACUGUAUUCAGAGGAUGAGGAGGACACCCCCACUUGAUGAACUUCAGCCUCCUCCUUAUCAGGAUGACAAUGGAUCGCCACAUCUCUCAUACACACCGUCAGAACUUGAUGACAAGUGUGAACUGUCUCAUUCCAGUGCAGAUUGUAAUAGUCCACGCUGUUCAUACAGUAAGUGCCCUAGUGAGGGAAGUGUAGGCCCUGAGACGGAGAGCUACCAUCAAAAAGGGUAUGAAGAGGAUGUUCCCAGUGACAGCACUGCCAUUCUCAGUCCAGAGGACAUGUCAGCUAGAGGAUCUUCUGCACAGCUACCUAAAGCUUAUGAUCCAGAACCUGUUUCGAAGUAUGGUACAUUGGAUGUCAUUUUUGAUUAUGAUUCACAAGCACAGAAACUAGUAGUAACAGUCACAGCAGUUACAGACAUUCCUACAUAUAAUCGAAUUGGCAACAACUCGUGGCAAGUACAUCUUGUGCUUCUUCCCACAAAGAAACAAAGGUCAAAAACAAGCGUCCAACGAGGAUCAUGCCCUGUCUUCACAGAGGACUUUAAAUUUAAUCGGAUUGAGUCUGAGAUGAUUGGUAAUUAUGCUGUGCGAUUUAGACUCUACAGUAUACGUCGCAUGAAAAAAGAAAGGAUUGUAGGUGAAAAGAUAUUUUAUCUCACCAAGCUGAAUCUGCAAGGCAAGAUGUCAGUUCCAAUUGUGUUGGAGCCAUGUGGCAGCAUCACUGGCUGUGACUCACAAAUGAGCAUGUCUGAGAUGUCCUGUAGUGAAAGCACUUCUUCCUGUCAGUCCCUGGCACAUGGCUCAACACCAGAAAUUCUAGUUGGUCUGCUGUAUAAUGCCACCACUGGCAGACUGUCAGUUGAAGUCAUAAAAGGAAGCCACUUCAAAAACUUGGCAGUGAAUAGACCACCUAAUCAAAAUCAUCUCUGUUGCAGAAAAACGAAAAAUAAAUUAGAUGGACUGUUCUGUUGUCUAAAACACUUGAUAGGUGGGCAGGUUUAUAUAAUCCGAGAUACAUAUGUCAAGUUAACAUUGCUGAAUUCUAUGGGUCAGGAGAUGUCCAAAUGUAAGACGUCCAUCCGCCGAGGCCAACCAAAUCCUGUGUACAAAGAAACAUUCAUUUUUCAGGUAGCACUAUUUCAGCUUUCCGAUGUGACACUCAUACUAUCUGUAUAUAACAAACGGAGCAUGAAACGAAAGGAAAUGAUUGGCUGGAUUUCAUUAGGUCUCAACAGUUCAGGUGAGGAAGAGCUGAACCAUUGGACUGAAAUGAAGGAAUCAAAAGGACAGCAAGUUUGUCGAUGGCAUUCAUUAUUGGAAUCAUAACAAAUCUGCUGUGGACUGUGGUGGGCUUUGGCUCAGGGGUUCAACACAAUUCCUUUCAGACUUUUUUUCUUAACCAAAUCAAUGGUUGCAGAGUACGACAGUUGCCUCAUUGUUGGCUCAGCUCAAGAUAAUGCUGGAAAAGAAAUAACUUUUAGGAAAAUGUGAGGGAACACAAUUUCCUGUAUAAUGUGUACUGUUUACUAUCAAUGCAACACAUAGGAUGAGGCACAAACAUUUAUAGAAAACUAGAGAAAAUUUAUAGUGUUUGAAAAGCCUAAAGAACAUGACAUUGUGAAUUCCAGUUAUUGGUCAAGGUUAUGGUACAAAUAACAGUCACAUGCUGAAGAAAACAUGAAAUUCAUCCUUAGUUUGUAGUGUAUAAGAGUAUCAAUGCAUUGCACUCUGGCUCAAAAAUCUAUUCAACAAAGUGAAUUCUGGAGGCAGAGCAUCAUUUUCAGAUGUAAUUAUGUAGCAUGAUUUGCUCUACUGACUGGGGGUGAAUUUCUAGCCCGGGAUAUUUGCAUGAAGAUGGAAUUUAGGCUACUUAAUAGAAAAAAAAAUACCAGAAGGAAAAUUAUUUUUGUGAUGCAGAAAUUUAGCCAUUUUACUGUUUAAAGGCUUGUGGCAAUGAAAUACAAGCAUAUCAUAUUUUAGUAAUUUUCAGAGGUAAACAUGCACAAAUAUUAGCUUUUAAUAUUCUCAUGCCUUAGCUUUACUCCUAGAAUCUGACUUCCUUGUCAAACUACAUUGCUCUUUGACUUCCUGUUGUUGCUGGUAGGAAGGUUUUAUGGUUGAAAGAAGUUGCAUUCAAAUCAUGGUGACACUCUCUAGAAAGCAAGCACACCAAUCCUUUUGAUUGAUCAGAAACCAAUAGGCCAUGGUGGUUAAUUAAACGAAACAGAAAAUUCCUCUGGGAUUUGUUAACAAUGAAAAUUUAGAAAUAGUAGAUGGUGGAAACUUGAAAUAGAAUCAUGUAAUCUUUCAGCUCUGAUACCCUUUGUCAAAAGUUGUAACAAUAUUUCAACUAUAACCACUCAGUAAAAUCAGCAGUUAAAUGGAAUAGAAAGGUGCCUUUAUCACCUACUGGCUUUAAAGUAGAAAUUUCACCUUAGACAUGCUUUAUGGCUGAUUUAUUAAUGAAACUUUUAAUCCCUACACUUGAGUACUAUAAAGAAGCAUAAAAUAUGGUCAUGAAAACUGAGUACCUUCUAUUUUAGAGCAGUAGAUUAGGAUUGCUUUUGGGAUGGGAGUAAGGAUGGAAGGCUGGAGAGGUGUGAUUUCAAUAGUAUUCAUUUAUACAGUAUUAGUAGAGCAGUUGUGUAAAUAGUGUAGUCAGCUAUUUAUAUACUUAGAUUUUUGUUAUGAUUCAUGAGUCCUUAAUAAUACCAGCUCCUACACAGUGACUAAUGUGAUCUAAUUGUGAUCACAUUAAUUCUGUAUAUAAGCUAAAUGCUGUAUAUAUUCUAAAAGUAGUAUGGACUGCCACAAAAUGUAACUGAAGAAAUUAAUCUUUCCAUCACCAGCAUUGUUAAUUCUACAAGCACAAAAUAAAUUCAUACCAACUUGUUUAAAUACAUGUAAUUUUCAGACACUAGGAUCAGAUUUGGUUUAGUUCUAUCCAGGUGGUUGAAAUGGGAUAAACAUUUUUUUAAAAUAGACUAAAGGUUAGUAUACUGUAAUCAAACUCUGUAGGGAUAUCAAAAACUCCAAUUUUACUCAGCACUGCUGAAUUUAUUCUAUUAAUAAGCUGCAUUGAAAUAUGUUUCAGAAUUUUUAUACCAGAUCAAUAUAUUAGGAAAAUUUUGCAAAAGAACAUCAAUAUUUCAUAGUUUGAUAUAAUAGGCAGUAGCCAUCUGCCACCAUUCUUUUAAAGCACAUUGACUGGAACAACAACACAACUUGUUUCAGCCGUAAGAAUUUUUAAUAGUAUUCAAUUAGAGAUAAUAACUUAGCAACUACUUUCAAGCCAGUUUUAUUUUGUAAAGGUACCAACAUUUAGAAAAUAGAUACAUGUAAGUUAAAUGGAAGAAACUGUGUUAGUCCUCUAUAAUCCAAAAAUUGCUGCAAAAUUAAAUUAUCAGAGCAUUUUGGAAGCUGUUUUUGUUAUAUAUUUAUCAGGUAUUUUAAGACUUCAGAAUCCCAGACUCUCAUCUUGACAUUUUGAACUUUAUACUUAGAAUAGCAACUAUUGCUAUAGUGAAUAUGUUCUUUGGUUUUUAAAUCUGACAUUGAUAUUAAAAAUAAUUUAACUGUUCAAUUUGAUGAUUUUAGGUGAAAACAAAUCCAGAAACUAUCAAUCUAUUGCCUAAUCAAUUUUAAAGCUGACUUGGUGUGAAAGUGUGAAGUAAUGUAACCUAUAAGACACCGCAUAGGUCUCCAUUUUUACAUUUGUGUACGGUCUACUGUGAGUCACUGUUGAUGGAGUCUUGCCUUUCUUUUGUUGGCAUGACAUUUAUCAAAUUGUAAUAUGUAGUACAAUAUUAAUGAUUCAACCAGAAACCAGGGUUCAUGCACAGAGGGGAAUAAUAAUACUUGACUGAUCCCACUCAUCUUCUCAAUAGCUACCUGGAUGGUCACAGAAAACCAUCUGCAGAGGCAAUUGAAUAUUUUGCCUCAAUAUCCUCUCACAGAAAAUAAUUCAUAAACUUCAGGAAAAAAUGAAAUAAAGAAAACAAUUUAAAAUCACCAUGUUCACUUUGCUCAGCAUUGUUAGUCAGAAUUCAUUCUUCUCAAGUAAAGGCAAAAUUAGGGAUAAGUUUUGCUAACAGAACAGAAAUGAGGUUAAUUACAUGAAACGUCGACUGCGCCUCUUCCUAUAGAUGCUGCCUGGCCUGCUGCGUUCACCAGCAACUUUGAUGUGUGUUGCUUUAAUUACAUAAUAUCUAGCCAAUUACAUUUAAUUAUUCUAAAAGGUAAGUGAUUUAUUUAUUUCAUCAGUUUAUGGAAUAAAUGAAUUAUACACAAAUGGAAAUGCAUUACCAAACAAAAUUUAUCAAAAUUCAAUUUGUUAAGGCAAAUGUUAAUAACCAACUUUACAACAUUUGACUUUAAUAAUCUUAUUACGUAAUUAGUAGUUCUGGGAGUAUGAAUAAUCUAGUCACUGAAAUUGCGUGAAAUGUUUGUUAAAGGUUUGCUCUCAUUUAUAGUUGGAAUAUAGCAUAAAUAAAGUUAAAAAUUGGGGCUAACAACACAAAUUUGAAAGUAAAUGCAAAUAGUUUGAAUACACAGGCAAAGACAGAGCCAGGAAGGAUCAUGGAGUGGUUGACAUAUUGCCCAUUCCAAGAAAUUGCCAUCCCACUGAAACUUAUGAAUGUUGAAAGGCCUUGAGAGAGUGGAUGUAUAGAGGAUGUUUCCUAUGGUGGGGGAGUCUAAGACCAGAAGACACAGCCUCAGAAUAGAGGGGUGUCCUUUUAGAAUGGAGAUAAGGAGGAAUUUGUUUAGCAAAAGAGUGGUGAAUCUGUGGAAUUUCUUGUCACAGGUGGCUGUAGAGGCCUAGUCAUUUGGUAUAUUUAAGGCAGAGGUUGAUAGAUUAUUGACUAGUCAGGGCGUGCAGGAGAUUGGGGCUGAGAUGGAAAAUUGGAUCAGCCAUGAUCAAAUGGUGGAGCAGAUUCAAUGGGCCAAAUGGCCUAAUUCUGUUCCUAUAUCUUAUGGUCUUAUUAGUACAAUCCCAAUACUUAGAAAUUAUAUCAAUACCUGUCAUUUGAUUCCAACAUGAUCCAUCUAGCCAUAUAAUAAUAAGUACUGAUUAGCAAAGUCAUGUGAUAAAAUUGUUUGUGCACAGAUGCAAUGAACAGUAUUGACGUGAGAAGAAAGGGAACAAGGUCAGCAGGUCUUGCAAAAUUUCAAGAAGGACAUGAGGCUAAUGUUCUUCACAAAAAAUGCAGAUAAAAUGACAAAAAUAAUUUUAUUUAACUAAAAAGCAUGAAAGAAAGAACAUUUUAUUGUUGAAACCAGCAUACCCUGGGUUAAAAAGACUGUCGGGUAGCAGCCUAAAACCCAGUUUUAUGAAUAAAUAAUCUGAGUAGUGGGAGGUUGCUGCUGUGAAGUACAAAGGUUGAACAUUUUUAUUUUUAUUUUAUUUAGAGCUACAGUGUGGAACAGGCCCAUUGGGCACAAUGAGCCAUGCUGUCCAGCAAUGCACCUAAUGACACAACAAUUUACAAUGACUAAUUUACCUACCAACUGCUAUGUCUUUAGACUAUGGGAGGAAGCCCAUGAUAGAAAAUCUGCUUGUAAAUGAGUUUUGUUUGUGUUACAAGUCCAAAAGGCAGCAGAUUUAUUAUAAAAGAACACAAAUCCUUUGAAAUUUCAGGGAAGGAGAGCAAAGGAAUAAUUCUGCUGAAAUUAUGCUGGGAUUUUCAAGUUAGAAAUAUUUCCUGCUGGGGAUCCAUUGCUCUGGAGCUCCUUCUUUGAACUUGAUUGGAGGGAUAAGUUUGUAAGCUCUUGUUUAAUGUACUCCUUGAUGUGUGAUCUUAUAGCCUUUUACAGGGAAGUUGUCACCUCAAAGUUGCAGGAGGCAAGUAGCUGGGUGACUGUCAGGAGAAAUAGAAAUAUGCAGUUAGAGCAGAGCACACCUGUGGUCAUUCUCCUCAAAAACAAGUAUACCGCUUUGGAUACUUUUGUGGGGGAGGACCUCCCGGGAGAAUAUCAUGGCGACUGAGUUACAGACACUGAGCAUGGGUUCAGGUGCAGAAGGGAAAGAGAGAGAAGAAGGCAGCGGUAGUGAUAGGGGUCUCAAUAGUGAGGGGAACAGACAGCAGAUUCUGUAGAUGUGCAUGGGACACCUGGAUGGUAUGUUGCCUCGCAGGUGCCAGGGUCAGGGACAUCUCAGAUCGCGUCCACAGCAUUUUGGAAAGGGAGAGGGAGCAGCCAGAUGUCUCGGUACAUAUUGGUACCAAUGACAUAGGAAGGAAAGGCAAAGAGGUCCUGAAAAGAGAAUUUAGAGAGCUAGGUAGAAAGCUGAGAAGCAGGAUAGUAAUUUCUGGAUUGCUGCCUGUGCCACGCGCCAGUGAGGGUAGAAACAGGAUGAUUUGGCAGAUAAAUGCGUGGCUGAGAAGCUGGUGCAGGGGGCAGGGCUUCAGGUUCUUGGAUCAUUGGGAUCCUUCUGGGGGAGGUAUGACCUGUUCAAAAGUGACGGUUGCACCUGAACCCGAGGGGGACCAAUAUUCUCGCGGUCAGUUUUGUUGGAGCUGUUGGGGAGGGUUUAAACUAAUUUGGCAAGGGGGUGGGAACCAGAGUAAAGGGACUCAGGAUAGGACAGAUGGUAAAAAAGUAAAGAUAGCGUGCAGUCAGACUGUCAGGAAGGGCAGGCAGGUGAUGGGACUUAGUUGCAGCCAACAGGCUGAGCAUCAAAACAUUAGGGAUGCAGAAUCAGAAAGGAUAGCAAAUAUGGUACUCAAGGUGUUGUAUCUACGUGUGUUUAGUGUAAGAAAUAAGGUAGAUAAUCUUGUUGCAAUAUUACUGAUUACCAGGUAUGAUGUUGUGGCCAUCACUGAAUCGUGGCUGAAGGAUGGUUGUAGUUGCGAGCUGAAUGUCCAAGGUUACACAUUAUUUCAGGAUAGGAAGGUAGUCAGAGGGGGUGGGGUGGUGUGGCUCUACUGGUAAAGAAUGGAAUCAAAUCAGUAGAAAGAUGUGACAUAGGAUUGGAAGAUGUUGAAUUCUUGUGGGUUGAGUUAAGAAACUGCAAGGGUAAAAGGACGUUGAUGGCAGUUAUAUACAGGCCUCCCAACAGUGGCUGGGAGGUGGACCACAACAGGAAAGAGAAGAGGCAUGUCAAAGGGCAAUGUUAUGAUAGUCAUGGGAGAUUUUAACAUGCAGGUUGAUUGGGAAAAUCAGGUUGGUAAUGGAUCUCAAGAGAGUGAGUUUGUUGAAUGCCUAAGAGAUGGCUUUUCAGAGUAGUUUGUCGUUGAGCCUACAUGGGGAUCAGCUAUACUGGAUUGGGUGUUAUGUAAUGAACCAGAGGUGAUUAGGGAGCUUAAGGUAAAAUAACCCUUAGGAACCAGUGAUCACAAUAUGAUUGAGUUCAACUUGAAAUUUGAUAGGGGAAAGUAAUGUCUGAUGUAGCAGUAUUUCAGUGGAUUAAGGGAAAUUAUAGUGGUAUGAGAGAGGAGUUGGCUAAAGUUGGAAGGAGCUGCUGGCAGGGAUGUUAGCAGAGCAGCAAUAUUGUGAGUUUCUGGGAAAAAUGAGGAAGGUGCAGGACACAUGUGUUUUCCAAAAAUUAAGAAAUACUCAAAUGCUAAAAUAGUACAACCAUGGCUGACAAGGGAAGUCAAAGCUAUUGUAAAAGCAAAAGAAAGGUCAUACAACAAAGCAAAAAUUAUUGGGAAGAUAGAGGGCAACUAAAAAAAUCAUUAGAAGGGAAAGGAUGAAAUAUGAAAGCAAGCUAGCAAAUAAUAUCAAAGGGAUAAUAAAAGUUUUUUUCAAGUACGUUAAAGACAAAAGAAAAAUGAGAGUGCUACAAUUGCUAGAAAAUGAGGCAGGAGAAAUAACGGUGGAUGAACUAAAUGAGUAUUUUGCAUCAGUCUUCACUGUGGAAGACACUAGCAGUGUGCCUGAUGUUGUAGUGUGUGAAGGAAGAGAAGUGGGUGCAGUUACUAUUACAAGAGAGAAGGUGCUCAAAAAGCUGAAAGACCUAAAAGUACUUAAAUCACCCGGACCAAAUGAACUGCAUGCUAGUGUUCUGAAAGAGGUAGCAUUAGAGAUUGUGGCAGCAUUAGAAAUGAUCUUUCAUAAAGCAUCGGACUCUGGCAUGGUGCCAGAGUACUGGAACAUUGCAAAUGUUACUCCACUCUUUAAGAAAGGAGGAAGGCAGCAGAAAGGAAAUUUUAGACCAGUUAGCCUGACCUCGGUGGUUGGGAAGGUGUUAGAAUCGAUUGUUAAGGAUGAGGAGAUGGAGUACUUGGUGACACAGGACAAGAUAGUACAAAGUCAGCAUGUUUUCCUUCAGGGAAAAUCCUGCCUGACGAACCUGUUGGAAUUCUUUGAGGAGAUUACAAGUAGGAUAGGUAAAGGGGAUGCAGUGGACUUUUAGAAGGCCUUUGACAAGGUGCCACACAUGAGGCUGCUUACCAAGUAAAGAGCCUAUGGAACUAAAGGAAAGUUACCAACUUGGUUAGAGCAUUGGCUGAUUGGUAGGAGGCAGUGAGUGGGAAUAAAAGGAUCCCUUUCUGGUUGGCUGCCAGUGACUAGUGGUAUUCCAAGGGGUCGGUGUUGGGAACACUUCUUUUUAUGCUGUAUAUAAGUGAUUUAGAUGAUAGAAUAGAUGGCUUUGUUGCCAAGUUUGUGGAUGAUAUGAAGAUUAAUGGAGGGGCAGGUAGUGUUGAGCAAACAAGUAGGAUGCAGAAGGACUUAGACAGAUUAGGAGAAUGGCAAAAAAGUGGCAAAUGAAACACAAUGUUGGAAAAUGCAUGGUCAUGCACUUUGGUAGUAAAAAUAAAUGUGCAGACUAUUUUCCAAAUGGUGAGAAAAUCCAAAAAUCUGAGAUGCAGAGGGACGGGAGUCCUUGUGCAGAACACCCUAAAGGUUAACUUGCAGGCUGAGUCGGUGGUGAGGAAGGCAAAUGCCAUGUUAGCAUUAAUUUCAAGAGGUCUAGAAUACAAGAGCAAGGAUGUGAUGCUGAGGCCUUAUAAGGCCCUGGUGAGACCUCACCUUAAGUAUUGCGAACAAUUUUGGGCCCCUCGUCUUUGAAAAGAUGUGCUGGCAUUGGGGAGGGUCCAGAGGAGGUUCACAAGGAUGAUUCCAGGAUUGAAAGGGUUAUCAUACGAGGAACAUUUGAUGGCUCUGAAUUUGUACUCGCUGGAAUUCAGAAGGAUGAGGGAGGAAUCUCAUUGAAACUUUCGAAUGGUGAGAGGACUAAACAGAGUAGAUGUGGAAAGGAUGUUUCCCAUGGUGGGAAAGUCUAGGACAAGAGGGCACAGCCUCAGGAUAUAGGAGCACCCUUUCAAAACAGAGAUGUGGUGCAAUUUCUUUAGCCAAAGGGUGGUGAAUUUGUGGAAUUUGUUGCCACAUGCAGCUAUGGAGGCCAGGUCACUGGGUGUAUUUAAGGCAGAGAUUGAUAGGUUCUUGAUUGGCCAUGGCGUCAGAGGUUACGGGGAGAAGGCCAGGAACUGGGGUUGAGGAGAAGAGAAAAGGAUCAGCUAUGAUUGAAUGGCAGAGUAGCCUUGAUGGGCCAGAUAGCCUAAUUCUGCUCCUAUGUCUUAUGGUCUUACGGUCUUUAUGGAUUGCAUGCCAGUGAUACAACAUAUUUGAUGCUUAGUCAUAUAGCAUUUGAACCUGUAAUAUUUGCCCACCAAAUACACACCAAUUCUUAAUUUUGUUUCUUUGUGGGCAUACACAGCAAGUCCAAGAAACACAAUAUAAUCAAUGAAAGACGGCACCCAACAGGAUAGACAAGCAAUGUGCAAAGGACAACCAGCUGCAAACACGAAAAUAAAUAAAUAAAUCCGCAAGAAGUCUUGAGAACAUGAGAUGAAGAGUCCUUGAAAAUGGGACCAUAGGUUAUGGGAACCAUUCAGUGAUGGGGCGAAUGAAAUUAUCUCCACUGCCUGAUGGUUAAGGGGUAAUAAUCAUAACAUGUUCGAUCUAGGGCAGAUCCUCUGAAAUGAUAACAUUGUGGAAUUUAAUGUUGUUAACCCUCUCUACCUUUGAUCUCCGACUGAGGACUGGCUUAAAGAUUUCCAAUUUUCUCCUCCUGAAGUCAGUGAUCAUCUCCUUGGUCUUGCUGACAUUGAGUGAGAGGUUGCUGUUGUGAUACCAUUUAGCCAGAUUUUCAAUCUCCCUCCUACCUGCUGAUUCGUCAGCACCUUUGAUUUGGCCAGUGACAGUGGUGUCAUAAGCAAACACAUGUGGCAUUGGAGCUGUGCUAGCCUCAUCAUCAUAGCCAGAAAGUGAGUUGAGUAGGGGGCUAAGCAUACAGUCUUGUGGUGCAUCCUUGCUGAUGGAGAUUGUGGAGGAGAUGUCUCCAAUCCGAACCGUCUGGAGUCUGCAAGUGAGGGAACUGAGGAUCCAAUUGCACAUGGAGGUAUUGAGGCCAAGUUUUGAGGGAAUUAUAGUGUUGAAAGCCAAGCUGUGGUCGAUAAACAGCAUCAUGAUGUAAGCAUCUUUGUAGUCCAAAUGUUCUACAGUUGAGUAAAGCGCUAAUGAAAUGGCAUCUGCUGCGGACCUGUUAUUCUGGUGGGCAAAUUGAAGCAGAUCCAUGGUGCUUCUCAUGCAGGAGUUGAAAAGUUUCAUCAGCAAAUCUCAAAGCAACCAUAGUGGAUAUAUGCCUGCUUGAAACAUGUGGGUAUUUCGGACUGCUGAAAUACACACCUACUUUGGUGAACACUCCAGCCAGUGGAUCAGCAAAGUUCUUUGGUACCUGGCCAAGCAAUUCCAUCUGAGUUGGAUGCUUUCCGUGGUUCAUCCUCUUGAAUGAUGCUCUCACAUUGGCCCCAGAGACUGAAAUCACAAGGUCAUUGGGGGCUGUGGAAGUUUGUGAAGGUUCUUUCAUGAUUUGAUGGGCAAAGCAAGCAUAGAAGGUAUUGAGCUUAUCUGAGAGCAAAGCCUUGCUGUCAGCUAUGUCACUUGGUUUCACAUUGUUAGAGCUAAUAGCAUUAAAGCCCUGCCACGGUGGUCACACAUCCCACAGUGACUCAGGUUUGGUUCGGGGUUGCCACUUUGAAUGUGAGAUAGCUUUCUGGAGAUUGUAACUGGACCUCUCAUAUGAUACUUGGUUGCCAGACCUGAAUCCCACUGAUCUGGCCCUCAGCUAAUUGUGGAUCUCCUAGUUCAUCCAGGCCUUCUGGUUGAGAAAGACUCGGAAUGAUUUUGUGGGGAUAACUGUUUUAAUAAAGUCGAUAACAGCCAUGGGUUAUUUAUUCAGAUCCUCUAUAGUCAUUGAACAUGGCCUAGUUCACCAACUCAAAACGAUUUCAUAGCCACUCCUUUGCCUCCCACGGCCACCUCUUUUUGUCCUUAUCUUCAGAGCCUAGCUCUUUAGCCUCUGCCUGUAUGUAGGUAAGAGGACAGCCAAAUGAUCAGAUUUCCUGGGUACCUGCUCAGCAUUAGCUUUUGGUAGUAUGUAAACUGUGGUCAGGAUCACGGAAGAGAAUGGUCAGCUCUUAAUUGUUAUAGGUUUCAGGUGAGGGGAACAAGAAAUCGACAUGAUCAAGCAUCUGAGCACCACAGAGUUUAUCAUGAAACAUGGACCCCCACCUUUUGCCUUCUCUGAAUCGGCAGUUCAGUCCUUCCUGUGCAUUGAGAAGUGCUUGGGUCUGAUUGCAGAAUCCGGCAUGUUCGGAGUGAGCCAUGUCACCAUGAAACACAGAAUGCUGCAAUUCCUCAUUUCCCUCCUGCAUGCAUGAGUGUUAAGUUCACUGAGUCCUUCAGAAGAUCAUAAGAUCUCUAGUUUAUUAAGACAGUUCAAAAGUAUAUUGCUUAAAAGGAAAUUACAGGCUGCAGAUUGCAGUGAGUGUAAUUCAGAAGAGGUACUGUAUAUUUAGAAGUUUUGUAAGUGCUGGCAACAUGUUGCCGUGGUUCACCAUCAUUAUCAGCUUAAAUUAACUCUUCCUCUGUUGUGUUUCUCUCACUUCAUCCACCAAUUUGUGUUGCUCCUAUCCCUUCGAUCUCUCUGUUUUCCACUUUGUGACAACUUCCAGCCAGUCCUCAUGAGUCCCAUGCUUUCUUCAUAAUCAACGAGCAUGUGUCAGGCACUGAAUUAACAGUGGUCAGCUAGAAGACCAGACAGAGAAUUGAGCUUGAAUAAACUGGGAGUCACCAGCAGCUAUACUUGUGAAACCAGUCAUCUGUUCCAGUAAAGCUUUAUGCCAAAAACAAAAAAAAACAUUAUUAAUCCCGAAGGGGCAAGGAUCCAUGGACUUUUACCUACGAUAGAGCCAUGUUCUAGAAUUUUCUAUUUAAUCUCAUUAUAUGUUUCUGCUGUCCUUUUGAACUCCAUAUACCCAUGGUAAGCAGGUACAUGGUUACCUUCAGACAUGUUGAAGUUUCUCCUUGAUCCCUGACCACUAAAUCACAGUGUGACUUAUCAUUUUGUUAAAGACAACACAGAAAUAUAAUUUGUUGAUGACAGUGGUGAAGAUAGGGAAGAGAGAACAUAAAAUGUGGAUUAAAAGAGUAAUAUUUUAGUAAUUACUUAUCUGUAUGUACUAAAAUCUGUAUAAGUAGCCAUGUGAUUUUGUAUAAAAUUCCUUGGAGAUACAUAAUGACAAAAAUUCAUGAUUGAAAGAAUAACAAAAAAAAAUCGCAGAAAGAUGGGAUGGGAUGAACCAACUAAAUGUGAAAUAUUUAGAAAAAGUGAAAGAAAUUGGAGAAAAUGCAAUGAAAUAAUGUGUAUGAAUAAGACAAGAAAUUUGUACCUUGAAAGAGCAGGUAGAUGUUACAGUAAGCUGAAUAUGCUGAAUGGGAAACAUUAAUACUAAACACAAUUUUAUCAUCUUGGCAAUGAAAGAACAAGUGAAAUACCCAAAGGAAUGAAGUUCUGGAAAACUAGAAGGAAAUAAAAGCAAAGUAAUAAUGAAAUGAAGACGGGAAAUGAUGAGGGAAGUUUUGUUUUAAAAUACCUGAUAAUACUGGUAAAGCAAAACAAAGGAGCCUUGCGUAUCAGCAGGCCUUUCAUUUCUGGGAGCUGGGCCCAAGCCAGUUCAGAUUGAUGUGAUAAAAGAUUUGCUUGCUGGCUAGCUAUAGAGGUUCUCUGCCUAAAAAGAAUUUGGGCAGUCAAUCCAGUUCCUUAUCAGAAUAGCCCCACAGCAAAAAAACCUGUUCAGAACUGGUAUUAAAUUGGUAAGUAUCCAUUCAGACAUACGCAGGAAAAGCUGUUAUUUGGAAUACUAAAUGAGACACUGAUGCAUUAGAGACAGUAUAUUUCUCAAAGGUUGCAAUGUAUUGUACAGAGAUUCAUGCAAUCUUUGCCACAUCCAAAUUAUUCAACAAUUGGGAUUAUUUGAGACUGGAUGAUAAAGUGGGCAAAGCUCUCACUCCCAGUUCUAACAAAGUUCACAAAAAAGAAGAGAUUUGAAAUGAACACCUAAAAUAGCAGAAUAUAACUAAACCAAACACAGCAGAACUGAAACAAGAGCAGAAAGCAGAAAAAGAGCAAAAUCAUUUUUUAAAAAAUGACAAAAGACUUGAUGAAAGGAAUGAAGGAGGCCAAUUUGCUAAGGUGCAUUUUUCUUCAUGUUGGCUACUGUCGGAAUACUAUGCAAUUGCUGACGUGCAACCAUGUUUAAUUUGUGCCUUUUCAUUCAGAUAUUAGUCUCACUAAUUAAUGUCACUAUACUUCAAGGGCAGUAAUAAAUUUAAUACCUUUAGUGUAUCUACACUACAUUGUAUUGGUUUUAGAUUGGGUUUUAAUACCAUCAACCAACAGAAGUUGAAUAAUUAAACUGGAUUUUACUUGCUGCAUCUGAAAGAAAUCAGUCUUUUAAUUUACUAUAUUUUGAAAUUUACUUGUGGUGCCUUUAUGCAGAUAACCUGUCUUGAUAAAUAAUGUAUUUACAAGUUUAAAUAAGUUCUAGUAUUCUAACACAGUAGAAUAUCCAUCAGUAAUAUAUAAAUAUUAAUGCAGAUCUUAAUAUCUUAAUGCAGAUUCCAGUAUAAUUUUGUAAUUACAAAUUCAUCUUUGAAUUUUAACAAAAUAUGGAUCUUUAAGGAAUGUAGUGAGAAUAAUUAAAGUAAUUUACAAUCUUUAUAUAAAUUAUUGCACUGAAAGUGACCUGGAGUGAAAUGAGAAUGUUUUAACAAUAUAUUUGCAAUAGAGAGUGGCUGCAUACACCAGUAGACUUUACUCUGACCAGCAGUGGACUGAGACUAAACCAGUAGUAGGCAAAAUCAAGUUACCCAUGUAGAACCUAUUUCUUUUCUGUUACUUAUUAUCUAGAUCUGCAGGCAGCUGAGGUACCUACUUUAACCUUCAGAGACUUCUUAAAUUUAAAUACACAAAUAGGAACCCAACCUUAUUAGUAAAGAGGCUGCUCUGGCUUCUCUGCCAGGUGAAGGAAAGUUCAAAGCUCAAAGUAAAUUUAUUUUCAAAGUACAUAUAUGUCAUCAUAUACAACCCUGAGAUUCAUUUCCUUGUAUGCAUUCACAUUAAAUCCAAGAAACACAAUAGAAUCGACGAAAGACUUCAUCCAAAAGGAUGGACAAACAACGAAUGUGCAAAAGACAAAAAACUGUGCAAAUAAUAAAGAAAAAAUAAAUAAUAAUAAUAUUAAAUAAGCAAUAAAUAUCAAGAGCAUGAUAUGAAGUGUCCUUAAAAGUGAGUUCAUAGAUUGUGGGAACAGAUCAGUGAUGGGGCAAGUGGAGUGAGGCUAUCCCCUCUGGUUCAAGAGCCUGAUGGUUGAGAGGUAAUAACUGUUCCUGAACCUGGAGGUGUGGGUCUUGAGCCUCUCAUACCUGCAUCCCGAAGGCAGCAGCAAGGAAGGGAACAUGACCUGGGUGGUGAGGGUCCUUGAUGAUGGAUGCUGCUUUCCUGCGACAGCACUCCAUGUAGUUGUGUUCAAUGAUAAUUGAAAGUAAGAGUGAAAGUGAAACAUUUAUUCUUUCAGGGGAUAUAGGAGUCAGUCUUUAUUGCCAAUUGUUUUUAGUCCUUGACUUGAUUGUCUUACUUGACCAUUUGAUCGGAUAGUUAAGAGAUAACCACAUUGGUCUGAGCCUAGGGUCAUUAUAGGCAUGGAUAAGGACAACAGCAUGUUUACUUCUGUGAAGGACACUAGUGAACAAGGAAGUCAAAACAAAUGGUAUAAACUCAAUAUGCAGUGAGCUAACAAUUUUUUCCAGAUCUAUUUUAAAAUGGACUUAUAAACAAAGGUCCACACAUCAAAGUUGCUGGUGAAUGC